AAAGUCACCAAUUCCAAAGCCGUAGAGGACGACGACUGGAGAGGGAUUGUGAGCGGCCAUGGACGCGCUGAGGAAGCAGCUCGACCAGCUCAUGGGGGCCAACCGAAAUGGCGACGUUCGGGAGGUCAACCGCAAGUAUUACGAUCGCGAUGUGUGUCGCCUCUACUUGGUCGGCCUCUGCCCCCACGAGCUUUUUCAGUUAACGAAAAUGGAUAUGGGUCCGUGCCCUAAGGUCCACUCUUUGCAGCUCAGAAAAGAAUACGAAGAAGCAAAAGCAAAAGGGACUGAUAACUAUGACAGAGACCUGGAGGAUGUCAUAGAUAGGCUCAUUGUUGAGUGUGAUAGGAAAAUUACUAGAGCUCUUAAGCGCCUCGAGGAUGAUGAUGCCAAGGCUGCUAUUGCCAUUUCUGUCUCUGAAGUUACUCAGACACCAGAGAUACUUGAGUUGUCAAAGCAGAUCAAGGAGAAGUUGAAAGAAGUUGAUCAAUAUGAUCUUGAAGGCAAAACAGAUCUUAAGAUUCGGGCUUUGGAGAUAGUAGAAGAACUCAGAGGCAUUAGAGCAGAUAAACAGUCCACGUUACUUCUGGACGCUUUCAAUAAGGACCGGGCAGCUUUACCUCAACCCCUGCCAAACCCACCUCCUUUGGCACCCUUGCCUGUAGUUGUUCCUGAUGCAAGAACACAGGAAAUGAUAAAUGAAAAGUUGAAGAAGGCAGAGGACCUUGGUGAGCAAGGUAUGGUUGAUGAAGCACAGAAGGCGUUGGAAGAGGCUGAAGCACUGAAGAAGCUGCCUGCCAGACAAGAGCCUAUCGUGGAUUCCUCCAAGUACACUGCUGCUGAUGUUCGUAUUACUGAUCAAAAGCUACGCGUUUGUGACAUCUGUGGAGCAUUUUUGAGUGUUUAUGACAGUGACCGUCGUUUAGCUGACCACUUUGGCGGGAAGCUUCAUUUAGGCUAUAUACAAAUCCGUGAGAAGUUAGCAGAGCUGCAGGAAGAGAGAAACAAGAGUCGUAAGGUUGAUAGGUCUGAUGAUAGGAGAUCAAAGGAGCGAAGUAAGGAAUGUGAAAGGGAAUCAAGUAGGGAUAGAGAACGUGGAGCUAGCCGGGACCGGGGUAGGGAUUAUGAUCGUAGGAGCAGAGAUCGCGAUAGGUACUAUGAUCGAGAUCGUGGAUAUGAUCGCGAUCGUGACAGAGAUUCAGAUCGCUCCCGCAAUUAUGAUUCGAGAAGUCGCCGUAGGUCACGCUCACGAUCGAGGGAACGUUCCAGGGAUUAUGAUCGCCACAGGCGUUAUGAUCGGUACUAGGUGAUCCUUGCUGUGCUGCAUGUGGAGAAAAGGAUGUUUGUGUUCUUAUCUAGGUCAGUUUUUAAACUCAUGUACCAAGAUAAAAUUAUGGUUAUUCCAAAUUGUGUGUUUUUUGCUGGAGUUGAGCUGUUUCUCCUGUGAUGGGUAUAAGGACUGCUGCUUAGUUUUUCUCAACUUCGUGUUUAAGAGGUAUGUUUGGGAGGUAUGUUUUACUUUGUUUUUAAGAUAUAGCUACCUGCAUGUUACUUAAAUAUUUGGCCGUAGAGGAGUGUCUGAUUUAAGUAGUCACUCCUGCUAUCUUGAAUUCGACUUCAAUUAAAGAGACUGGUGGGCUGAUUUCCAGCAUCCGUUGUCA